AUGUUUAUCGUGAAUUUGAAACAAAUUUGUGGUCAUGGUAUGAUGUUAGAUCCAAUUAACAGAAGCAGCGCAUGGAGAAAGAAUCUUCCUGUUCCUUGUAAUUAUCUCGAUAAUCAACAUUUUUGUGGUGGUUUUCAGAUUCAAUAUCGAAAAAAUAAUGGUCGUUGCGGGGAGUGUGGUGACGAUUGGUCUUUACCACGACCAAGACCCAACGAAAAUGGCGGUAUUUAUGGUACCGGACUCAUUGUCGAAGAAUAUAGAGAAGGUUCUUACAUUGAAAUUCAAAUCGAAUUAACAGCUUCUCAUUUGGGACAUUUCGAAUUUUCAAUUUGUCCUUUGAACAAUACGAAGGAAUUAGAAACGGACGAAUGUUUCGCGAAAUAUCCAAUACGAUUGGCUGAUGGGUCGUACAAGUAUAAUAUCACAUCAUACGCUAUAAAGGAUUACACAAUCGAAGCAGUCCUUCCCCAAGGACUUACCUGUGAACAUUGCGUCCUUAGAUGGCAUUAUAGGGCUGGAAAUAAUUGGGGUAUUUGCGAGGAUGGUUCGGGUGAUGUUGGCUGUGGUAAUCAAGAAACUUUUCGAAGUUGUUCCGACAUAUCUAUCGUCAGCUAAAACUUAUGUAUAUAUUUUUUUUUUCUUCAAAAUCGUUCCCUUAAAAUCUAUUAAACGUUAA